GUUUCCUUCGCUUUCUUUGCCCCAACUGGGAACUGUUGUCAGGGAAACAUGCUCAAUCUGGUCGAGUGACGUGAUUGCGCCCUCUCGCGUUUGGUGCACCGCCAAAUGUUGAAAUCACGUGCGCCACGCGUUGCUCUACGAUGACCAUUGACUUUCCACAACUAUGGCCGACGAAACGCCCCCGCGGCAGAUGUCGCUGAUACCAUACCCAUACCAAAAUGGACAAAUCGUCCUUCGUCAGGGCAAUUCGGUCGUUGUUCUAGAUGCCAAUUCUAGGCAGCUUUCAGUCCGGCGCGAUGUCGACCAUUCGAUGGAGCUUUCCGAAUGUCCAUAUUGCCACAGACCACUACAUGACGACUCACCAACCGAAGCAUCGGGCAGUCGCAGCCACUCGGACUCGGCUUUCAACUCGGGCGAUCGCUUUAUCAGCCCGGAGUAUUUUCAAAGGCUUGCCGAGAGCCAACGCGGGUCGCCUUCCGGCUCUCCAGGACCAGCGACUCCCAGUGUCCGAGCCUUCCAACCUGCCCUCCGUUCUGGACACUCGCGAGAUGUGAGUGGCGCUCAGGGGCCACCUACCGGAGCGGAAUUCAUUGGAAGUGAACCUUCUAUCUCAGCACGACAGCGGAUCAGCCAGUCCGCCUUCAGCCCUGGAUAUUUCAAGAAGUUCUUCACCGAGCUACGAGUCCUGGGCAAAGGCGGGAAUGGCGUUGUGCUCCUUGUCGAGCAUGUUAUUGACGGAUUUGCCCUCGGCGAGUUCGCAUGCAAGCGUAUACCAGUUGGUGACGAUCAUGACUGGCUCGAGAAAGUGCUGCAAGAAGUCAGGACAUUGCGAAGAGUUACGCAUGAAAAUCUCAUCACCUAUCAUUUCGUCUGGUUGGAAGAACAUCAGCCUUCCAAGUUCGGUCCCAAGAUUCCCUGCCUGUGGAUGUUGCAAGACUACUGCAAUGGCGGUGAUCUGCAUGCAUACGUGAUGGGUUCGGGACGGGAAGAUCCUACUCUCACGGAGAAGCAGAAGCAGAAGCUGAGACGAGCAUCUCGAUCGGAUCUGGAGCCAGUGACGAACCUUCGGGGGCCCAGCGGACUAAGCCUGGACGAGAUCUUCUCCUUUUUCAAGGACAUCACCUCUGGCCUCAAUCACCUCCACAUGAAGAAGUAUAUUCACAGGGACCUAAAGCCGUCCAAUUGCCUUCUCCAUCUGGAUGGCAACAAUCGACCCAAAGUUGUCAUUUCCGACUUCGGUGAAGUGCAAGCAGCCGGUGCCCAGCGUGGCUCCACUGGCGCGACAGGCACGAUCUCCUACUGCGCGCCGGAAGUCUUGCAAAAGAGCCCGGUGGAUGGCACUUUCGGGAGCUUCACCACCAAGUCCGACAUCUUCUCUCUCGGGAUGAUCGUGUACUUCAUGUGCUUUGGCAGGCUACCAUACAACAACGCGGACAACAUCAACGAGGAAAACGAGGAUCUGGACGAACUUCGGGCCGAAAUCACCAAAUGGCCCGGCUUCGACGACCAGCUCAGAGCUCGAUCGGAUCUGCCCGAAAAGCUGUACAAAUACCUCAAACGUCUGCUGAGCGUCGACCCCAAUCAGCGCCCGAGCACCAGCGACAUCCUGGAGAGCAUCAAUACCGGCAUCGCGGACAUGGCGUCUUCCAUAGUGGAAGAAAGCAACGGACGAGUCUCAUCUGUUGAUUCUCCGAAGAUCCGGCCGUCUAAUGCACGCAAGCAGCCUCCCCUCCUCCAUCGACCUUCGGGUUUGCAACGACAAACAUCGGUCGACACGGUGCGUGCCCGCAGCGAGAGCAAAUCGCAGAGCCACAGCCGACACACGAGUCCAGUCGAAGGCUCGGUAAUCAAGCGACCAAGGGACAUCGACAUCGACAUCUCUUCGCGACCAAGUUCUCCGGCGCAGAAAAGCCCGCAACUGAUGCUCCCGCCUCCGCCACCGUCGACUACAGACAAGAUCCUGAACACUCUGCGUGCGCCGACGGCACUCUCAAUCAUGAGGUGUCUGAUCUUCCUCGCGAAGCUUUGCUCCCUACUGCUCCCCUGCUCUCCGUACGCCGUCAACGCCUGGGUGCUGUAUCCACUCCUCGGCCUCGCGGCGCUCGAAAUGGUUCUGCCGAACUUUGCUUUCAGGAGGUCUGUGUUGCUCCUCGGCCUUCACUUGGCGCUUUUGAGUGUGGCGUUGCAGCGGGGGCGUUUGUGUCAGAGAGUUACUGUGCUGUGGAAGGAUCUUUAAUUGAUAUUGUGAUUACGUAGCGUGGUGUCCGGUGCAGGUCGAUGAGGUUGCAAGCGUUGUCUAUUGCCGGUUUCUUUUAUGAAGCAAGCUCGUUCAUCUGGUCAAACCUGAAUCGAGUCUUGUACAUGUACGAUGACGACAGUGAUAUAUACUACAAGUAAGUGUAUGUUCCUUCAGGGCCCUGAUGUUGUUCAUGUUCCCAUCGUGACUGUACCCUAGGGUAUAUGUGCUUUGCGUCGGGUGCUUCCUUCGGCUUAGGGUUGGGGUUCAAGUAGGGAGACGAAGAAUCAGACUCACUAUUGUCUAUUUUCUUUAUUGUUUGAUACUGAUCUGAAUCGUAAGCAAUCUACGGUAAUCCUAGACAAAUCCUGGAGUUGUCCGUCUGCCCUAGCGUACGCAACAACGCGAGUGCGGAAAAAGCUGUCGCAUCCGCCGACGUCGGAGACCAUUUCUCACCUGCAGCCUGAUCAGCCCUGCAUCAAGAAGUG